UUGCUAAAUUUGGACCAAAUGUUAUGAAUGAUUGACGUGGUACGCCCCUACUUUACCUUUACCUAAACAUAUUUCAUGUAAUCUUCGUGUCCGUCUGGAGUCGUCUCGCGCAUGUUGAAGCUUCUCGCGUUAGCUUAGCUUACUAACUAAUUAACAAACAAAGAGACCCGUUUUCGAUCGUGUAGCAGAGAUCAAGCGUACAGUGAAGUUCUUCUUUCCGCUACCAACUCAGCGGAAAGUGGUGUGAUCACUCUAUGUAAAAUGUGUGCAAGAAGCACAGCAGAGUACGACGAGGAACUUUGGGGCCCAAAAGAAGAGAAGAAGCCACAACGUCAACUACUAGAUGCAGUGUUCAAUCUGCGGCCUCAAAAUGUGCUACACAGAGCAGACAUCCAUGAAAAUCUUCAUACUAAGCGGCAGGAACCUGAGCCCCUUCACAUCAAAGAGGAACCGGAGGACAAGGAGGUGCAUCACAUCAAAAAGGAAGACAAGAUGAUUUUGAUUAAAAAAGAGGUGGAAGAAGUACAACCCCACAUUAAACAGGAAGGGGGGGAUAUCGCCACUUUUCCAUUGACUGGUGUUCCUUUGAAAUGUGAAGAUGGAGGUGAAAGUGUAGAGAGUGGAUGGGCACAGCUUCCAAGCAGCAGCUCAAGUCAAUGUAUUACAGCAGAAGAUGGAGACCACAAUGGAGCAUCACACCCAGAUGGACUGUUAGGACCACUAUCAGAUUGUGAUGACAUAACAUCAGACCCUCGUGACACUGAUGAGAGACAGUAUGAAAGUGAUUUCACAUGUCACACAAAAAACAAAGAAUGGAAAAUUUCUCAGAGUCGGAGAACAUUUGCUUAUAAGAGCAUUAUGAAACGAUAUGUGAAAAUACAAAUACGACAGAAAGAUUUUGCCUGCUCAGUUUGUGGUCAAAGUUUCUCACGGACGGACAGCUUAAAAAUGCACACAAGAACACAUCCUGAUGAGAUGCCUUUUUCCUGUGUAGUUUGUAGUCAAAGAUUCACUCAGGAGGGAGAUUUAAAAGAACACACCAGAACCCACACUGGUGAGAAACCUUUUUCCUGCUUAGUUUGUGGUCAAAGAUUCUCUAAGAAGGGAACUUUAAAAAUACACACAAGACGACACACCGGUGAGAAACCUUAUUGCUGCUCAUUUUGCGGCCAAAGAUUCUCCCAUCAGGGAAAUCUAAAAACUCACACAAGAACGCACACUGGUGAGAAACCUUUUUCCUGCUUAGUUUGCGGGCAAAGAUUCAUACAGAAAGGAAAUUUAAACAGACACACAAGAACACACACUAGUAAUAAACCCUUUUCCUGCUCAGUUUGUGGUCAAAGAUUCACUCGGAAGGAUUAUUUAAAAAGACACACAACAACACACUGGUGAGAAACUUUUUUUCCUGCUCAGUUCGUGGCCAAAGAUUGUCUCAUAAAUAUCAGGCUCAGAAACACAAAUGUGCUGGUGAGAAUAACAGUGACAAAGAAGCAUUUAAUGCAUUCUGUAUACAAGGGUUUUUUUUUAUAUAUAUAUUUUUAAGUUUUAAUUUCAGUGAGGUGGUGAGGUGAGGGGAUUUCCACCUGACAGCUGCAAAUUAUAAGAUACAGUGAAGAAAAUUAAGUAUUUGAACACCCUGCUAUAUUGCAAGUUCUCCCACUUAGAAAUCACAGAGGUGUCUGAAAUUUUCAACGUAGGUGCAUGUCCACUGUGAGAGAGAGUCUAAAAAGAAAAAUCCAGAAUUCACAAUUUAUGAUUUUUUUUAACGAUUUGUGUGAUACAGUUGCAAAUAAGUAUUUGAACACCUGAGAAAACCAAUGUUAAUAUUUGGUAUCGUAUCCUUUGUUUGCAAUUACAGAGGCCAAACGUUUCCUGUAGUUGUUCACCAGGUUUGCAUGCACUGCAGGAGGGAUUUUGGCCCACUCCUCCACACAGAUCUUUUCUAGAUCAGACAGGUUUCUGGGCUGUCGCUGAGAAACAGAGUUUCAGCUCCCUCCAAAGAUUUUCACUUGGGUUUAGGUCUGGAGACUGGCUAGGCCACGCCAGAACCUUGACAUGCUUCUUACGGAACCACUCCUUGGUUUUCCUGGCUGUGUGCUUCGGAUCAUUGUCAUGUUGAAAGACCCAGCCACGACCCAUCUUCAAUGCUUUGACUAAGGGAAAGAGGUUGCUCCCCAAAAUCUCACAAUACAUGGGUGCGGUCAUUCUCUCCUUAAUACAGUGCAUUUGUCCCGUGUGCAGAAAAACACCUCCAAAGCAUGAUGCUACCACCCCCAUGCUUUACAGCAGGGAUGGUGUUCUUGGGAUGGAACUCAUUCAUCUUCCUCCAAACACGGUCAGCGGAAUUAUGACGGAAAAGUUGCAUUUUGGUCUCAUCUGACCACAAAACCUCACAUGACUCCUCUGUAUCAUCCAAAUGGUCAUUGGCAAACUUAAGACGAGCCUUGACGUGCGAGUUUAAGCAUGGGAACCUUCCGUGCCAUGCAUGAUUUCAAAGCUUGACAUCUUAGUGUAUUACUAACAGUCACCUCGGACACGGUGGUCCCAGCUCUUUUCAGGCUGUUGACCAAGUCCUGUCGUGUUGUCCUGGGCUGAUUCCUCACCUUUCUAAUGAUCAUUGAGACCCCUCGAGGUGAUUUCUUGCAUGGGGCUCCACUCCGAUUGAGAUUGUCCUUCAUGUUUAGCUUCUUCCGUUUUCUAAUGAUUGCUCCAACAGUGGACCUUUUUUCAUCAGGCUGCUUGGCAAUUUCUCCGCAACCCAUUCUAGCCCUGGAGAGUUGUACAAUUUUCUCUCUGGUGUCUUUGGACACCUCUUUGGUCUUGGCCAUGUUACAAGUUUUAGUCUUACUGAUUGUAUAGGGUGGACAGGUGUCUUUGUGCAGCUAAAGAACUCACACAGGUGCAUCUGAUUCAGGAUAAUACAUGGAGUGGAGGUGAACUUUUCAAGGCGGCCUAACAGGUCUUUGAGGGUCAAAAUUCUAGCUUCUAGCUGAUCCCGCCAUGAUUUCUAAGUGAGAGAAUCUGCAAUGUACCAGGGUGUUCAAAAACUUAUUUUUUCAACUGUAAGUUAUGCCAUACACAAUAACCAGAAGAGUUGCUGAGAAAGUCCCUCCAUCCAUUUUGGAGCCACUUAUACUCACAAGAGUCGCGGGAGUUCGGGUGCCAAUUCUAACUAUUAUCGGGCAGGAGGCAGGGUACACUCUGAACUGGUUUCCAGCCAAUUGCAAGGCACAUGGACAUAGAAAACAUUCAGACUUGCAAUCAUACCAUACCUAGGGGCAAUUUAAAAGUCUCCAAUUAAUAAUAACGUGGGAUGUGGGACGAAACCAGAGUGCUUGGAGAAAACCCACGCAAGCUCCAUACAGGGUGGGUCAGGAUUUGAACCCCGAUAUCCACGACUGUGAGGCCAACAAGUCUAAUGGGUAGCACCGCUGUGCUGGCCUAGAAUGUAUUAGUGUUUCACCUUUUGUUUUGUUUUGCACGCUAGGCCACUAGUUACUGCAUCCAAACACAUCAGCAAUCCCAGCUAAUGAGGAAGGUUGUUGGUCUUGGUGACAGACAGCACGCGAGCAACAGUUUCAUUUGUGUAGUACAGUAAUUUUGAUAUUUGCAAGCACACGAGGUCCCUGUUUGGAAACAUAGCUGCUUGGCUUGCUAUCCGAAAAAAAAUAGCUCCACGAUAAGCAAAAGGAAAAUGUUAUUUAACUCCCCAUCGGGGAAUUAAAUCCUGGUCUUCCACGUGACAGGCAGAGGUACUGUCCACUAUAAUAACGAGGUAACGUUUGUGUUACAUUCCCGGUAAUAGAAGCUCUUAGAAUAUAUGAAAACACUACGAAUCCCAAUCACACAAAGCUGAUGCCAUAAGACAGCCCCUUCUCAUCUGGUCACUAAUAGUGUAGUGGUACACACACCUGACUUAGAUGUGGGCAGUGGUGGUGUUGCAAUGUUACUUAGACCUCUCUGGCAAACAGUUCGCAGUCUCAUCUGCCUUUUGCCCAAUGUUAGCUUGGGCAGGCACCGGCAAUCCUGUGACCCUUGUUGAGGAUAAGCGGUUUGGAAAAUGGAUGUGGACACUUCUUUUUGACGGUCCCUUCGAGUAUGUGGCUGUCGCUUAAAACAUUUCUGCUAUAGACCAUCAUGGCUCAUACGUCACUUGUCCCUUCUUCCAAUGUUGGCGGAGGGACGAUCGGGCUUCACUAAAUCUUCCUGAAUUUAGACCAAAUGUUGUAAAUCCUCAACGUGGCACACCGCUGAUAUGUUACUGACUCACAAAAAUAAACAUUCUUUUAUUUUGUGUA